AUCGAUGCCAGAAUAAAAUUGGUUGAGUUACUCUAUAUCGAGAUUACAGAAAACUGCCCCGCUGCGGUAACGCUCAUUUUCUGUCGAGGCACGGCCGGUCGGCGCGGCGCCUGCGGGAUGGCCGAGUAUUGAUCUGACGUUCAGUUGUCCUCACCGACCGAUACCGUAUCUAGGUGACUAUAUAUUGCUCCUUUCUCUGGCCACGACGAUACCUACCGAUAGUGUGAAGGGAACCCAAGCAGCCAGACGACGUGAGCGCUGCACAAUAACAAGCUCAGGCACUCUCGAUUCAUGUUCCCACAAAACCUGCCCUGGCAACUGAGGAUCAGAAUGUUUCGUUCUCAGAGUUUCCCGGCACUCAGGGCGCCUGAAGCUCAAGAUCAUCAUUCAAAAUUAAUCCACCUCUCAGACGAGGCAUGACAGACACACCCACACUCAAGAAAACACACUUAUAAACACAAUUUCAGCACCGGAAAUCUAGAGAAAGAGAUUAGUUUAGGAGCGUGACUGUCCCAUAUGGGGUAAACUGAGGCAGCGCGGCGGUGGCAGGGGUGCCGAGCGAAAAGCAAUGAGUGCAGGGACACAGUGUAGUGGAGAAAAGGGGAACAGUCUGAGCAUCUGGGGUGCCGCGUGCAGUUCAGCUGAGUGAGGACAAGUGUGCGAGCGGCUUGGAAAAAUGUAACUGAGGAAGCCACACGAGACGCGGCUGGUGAGAAAUGCGAGUGUUCGGUGCCUUCGUGUGUGCGUGUGACCGCCUCUAGACGCCCUCACGCCCCCUGACCACACCCCCGAGGCCACGCCCGGGAUGGUGCGGAUGCUGGUGGUCCUGAGGGGCGGGUACCCUUGGGGGUUCCGCAUGCAGGGGGGAGGAGACCGGCCCCUGGUGGUGAGCAAGAAACGAAGCACUGGCUGCCCUGGGCCGACCAUCAGGCCCCACCGGGAAGAAGCCUUGGACCGACCAUCAGGAUCCACCGGGAAGAAGCCUUGGACCGACCAUCAGGAUCCACCGGGAAGAAGCCUUGGACCGACCAUCAGGAUCCACCGGGAAGAAGCCUUGGACCGACCAUCAGGAUCCACCGGGAAGAAGCCUUGGACCGACCAUCAGGAUCCACCGGGAAGAAGCUUUGGACCGACCAUCAGGAUCCACCGGGAAGAAGCCUUGGACCGACCAUCAGGAUCCACCGGGAAGAAGCCUUGGACCGACCAUCAGGAUCCACCGGGAAGAAGCCUUGGACCGACCAUCAGGAUCCACCGGGAAGAAGCCUUGGACCGACCAUCAGGAUCCACCGGGAAGAAGCUUUGGACCGACCAUCAGGAUCCACCGGGAAGAAGCCUACCGGCGCAAUAGGCCAAGACGUAAAAAAAAAAAAAAAAAAAAAAAAAAAAAAAAACACCUACCCCUCCACACGCUUGCACGCACUCCCACACCGCUCUUUUGUUAUUGAGAUUAUUAUUAUUAUUAUUAUUAUUAUUAUUAUUAUUAUUAUUAUUAUUAUUAUUAUUAUUAUUAUUAUUAUUAUUAUUAUUAUUAUUAUUAUUAUUAUUAUUAUUAUUAUUAUUAUUAUUAGUUAUUAUUUAUAUUGAUACUGGCAUGUGUGUGUCGGUUCAUAUGUUUCGUUAGUGCUGUUAAGCGUGACUCUUUGAUAAUGAUUUACGUUUGUGUUGUUCAUUCCAAGAGAUGGAUUUCUUUUUAGUUGAUGGAAUUUAAAGAUAUAUUCUAGGGAAAUAAUUCAGUAAUUAAAUUAUAUCUCAUUUAUUAAUCUCACUUAGUAAUAAAUAAUGAUGAUCAAUAAACACACACUGAUUGCACUGUAACCCCGCCGAACACGCCAUCGUUGCGCGUAAGACAUUUUGUAUGUGUGUGUCAAUAUGUGUCGCUUAUUUCGUUAGCUCGGCGAAAUAAGCAGUAGUGUCACCUAAGAGU